GGCAGGCAGCGGGGCGGGCGCAGGAUGAGGGCGGCCAUUGCUGGGGCUCCGCCGCGGGGAGGAGGACGCUGAGGAGGCGCCGAGCAGCGCAACGCUGCGGGGGAGGCGCCCGCGCCGACGCGGGGCUCAUGGCCAGGACCACCAGCCAGCUGUAUGAUGCUGUUCCCAUUCAGUCCAGUGUGGUGCUAUGUUCCUGCCCGUCCCCAUCAAUGGUGAGGUCCCAGACUGAGUCCAGCGCGGCCCCUGGCAUUCCUAGUGGUGUUAGCAGGCAGGGACCCACCAUGGAUGGCACCACAGCGGAAGCCCGACCAAAUACCAACCCCUUGCAGCAGCACCCUGCCCAGCUGCCACCACAGCCUCGCAAGAAACGACCAGAAGACUUCAAGUUUGGGAAAAUUCUUGGCGAGGGCUCUUUUUCAACAGUUGUUCUGGCCCGAGAACUAGCUACUUCCAGAGAAUAUGCUAUUAAAAUUCUGGAGAAACGUCAUAUUAUAAAAGAGAACAAAGUCCCGUACGUAACUAGAGAGAGAGAUGUGAUGUCACGCCUGGAUCACCCAUUCUUUGUGAAACUUUACUUUACAUUUCAGGACGACGAAAAGUUGUAUUUUGGCCUUAGUUAUGCCAAAAAUGGAGAGUUACUUAAGUACAUCCGCAAAAUCGGUUCAUUUGAUGAGACCUGUACCCGGUUUUACACGGCGGAGAUCGUGUCUGCUUUGGAGUACUUGCACGGCAAGGGCAUCAUCCACAGAGACCUUAAACCAGAAAACAUUUUGUUAAAUGAAGACAUGCACAUCCAGAUCACAGAUUUUGGAACAGCAAAAGUGUUAUCUCCAGAGAGCAAACAAGCCAGGGCCAACUCAUUUGUAGGAACAGCACAGUAUGUUUCUCCAGAGCUGCUCACAGAGAAGUCGGCGUGUAAGAGUUCAGACCUUUGGGCUCUUGGAUGUAUAAUCUAUCAGCUUGUGGCAGGACUCCCACCGUUCAGAGCCGGAAAUGAAUAUCUUAUAUUUCAGAAGAUUAUUAAGUUGGAAUAUGAUUUCCCAGAGAAAUUCUUUCCUAAGGCAAGAGAUCUUGUGGAAAAACUCUUGGUUUUAGAUGCCACAAAGCGUUUAGGCUGUGAAGAGAUGGAAGGGUACGAGCCUCUCAAAGCUCAUCCAUUCUUUGAGUCCAUCACAUGGGAGAAUCUGCACCAGCAGACGCCUCCGAAGCUCACAGCUUACUUGCCGGCCAUGUCAGAGGAUGAUGAAGACUGCUAUGGCAACUACGACAAUCUCCUGAGUCAGUUUGGCUGCAUGCAGGUGUCAUCCUCCUCCUCUUCCCACUCCCUGUCUGCGGUGGAUACCAGCCUGCCCCAGAGGUCAGGCAGCAACAUAGAGCAGUACAUCCAUGAUUUGGACACUAACUCUUUUGAACUAGACUUACAGUUUUCAGAAGAUGAAAAAAGGUUGUUAUUGGAGAAGCAAGCCAGUGGAAACCCUUGGCACCAGUUUGUAGAAAAUAAUCUAAUAUUAAAAAUGGGCCCAGUGGAUAAGCGAAAGGGUUUAUUUGCAAGACGACGACAGUUAUUACUCACAGAAGGGCCACAUUUAUAUUACGUUGAUCCUGUCAACAAAGUCUUGAAAGGUGAAAUUCCAUGGUCACAAGAACUCCGACCAGAGGCCAAGAAUUUUAAAACUUUCUUUGUCCACACGCCUAACAGGACGUAUUACCUGAUGGAUCCAAGCGGGAAUGCUCACAAGUGGUGCAGAAAGAUUCAGGAAGUUUGGCGGCAGCGGUACCAGAGCCAUCCAGAUGCUGCUGUGCAGUGACGUGGCCUGCGGCCGGGCUGCCUAUCGCUGCCAGGACACCUGCCCCAGCGCGGCUCGGCCGCCACCCAGGACGCUUCCAGACCACCUGCCAGCCAUCUCAAGGAGAACAUGGAUGGCGGAAACCUUGCAGCUUUUUUAUUUAAAAGAAAAGAAAAAAAAGAACCCAGCCACACAAAGAACAAAACAAAUAACCAACAAACAGGAAUUCAGGGUCGCUUUGCUUGCUCUCUGUGCUUUGUGGUGGCUUCCAUGUGCUGCUGUGGCCAUGGAGACCCAGUUCCUUGCACGGUAGCCCAGCUUCUGCCCAGACAAGUGGCCAGAUUUGGCAUCACCAGCCCCUCCUAGCAUCCACAGGAACUGCAUGCCUACUUCUCCUCCUCCCCACCUGAUAAACACAGCUCUUGCUGUGACUGAGGGACUGGGUGUAUCUGGCUCUUCUUCACCAGGGAGCCUCUUCACUCCUCCACUGGGGUGAUCACCAGUUUACUGUAGGUACAGGGCUCUUAGCUUGUUGUGUACUCCCUUCCUUGAGUCCCUUAUAUGGCCCUAGAGAUGUGGUCAGGUGUGUUUCUGGCAGCAGGAUUUCUGUGGUUCCUGUCUUAACAGCAGGUAGGUUGUAUGGUGAGAAGUGUUCAGGCUGCUGUCGUCACAGGCUGCCCUCAUUGGGCUCUACUCCAGCAUUCCACUUCUAGCAGUUCAUGCAGGGAAUUAGACACCCAGCCAAGCAUGUGUCCAGGAGGGGUGCUGUCAUUCCAGCACCUAGAUAACCCCAACUAGGUCGCUAUCGGAUACAGAAUCCUAUCCUGAACCUGGGCAAGGCUGGAAGUACCAUGGAGAAUCCAGCCUGGGCCACAGCUCCCAUGUGGAGGAGUGGGGUAGCAGGCCUUCCUGGGGGUUUCUGCGUAGUUUUAAAUGUGUAGGCCACAUGCUCUAUGAGGCAGGGACUGAGAAAAAUCCCAGGGUGUGUGCCAGUCUCCUGCCCAGCCUCACAUGUACCUAUUGGUGCUGUGGGUAAACACUUCUCAGCUAGCUCAGUUUUUACAUCUCUGUUGAAAAUCUGAAAGCCUUCUCAUGUUGCCUGGUCACCUGAUAUCAUAGAGCAUAGACCUUGCCUGGAAAGAAUGUUACCAAUGCUCACAGGAAUAGCCCACUUAAACCUGAGCCUGCCUGUGCUGGUGUUCUUUGCCAGUAUUGGGACACUUCUCUGAUGCUGAGGUGACAAUGCUUUUUUUAUAAUACAGAUGGCCUGGGAUAUGUCAGCGCUCUUGCUGAAUGCUUCUGAGGGACUUGGUUGUACCUCUCUCUGACUAGGAUGUCCCUGAAGGGUGGCCCUUGGUCCCUAGUGGGAAAAAGUAGGCACCUGCCUUCAUAGACUUCUCACAGCAACACCUCUGACUCCCAUGUCCCGAAGGCAGCAACAAUUUUGCCAUUUCUUUUGACUUUCAUAAAUGCACUCUAAAAAUGCCCACACAGAAAUUAUCCCAGUUCUGUCCACAGUGACCACCUGUGGGCCAGGCCACCCGAACUAAGAGAAGAAAGAUUCUGUUCUCAGACUUUGAACAGUAAGAGUGGUUCUUUUCAACUGGGGUGGAGUGUAGAUGAAGAGCUCACCAUCAUGCCUUGGUAGGAGUGCUUGAUGGGAACACAGGUCUUCUUCAGACUUUACUCGAUUGUGUGAUAAGAGCUUCAAGUGACCAAGGAGCAGGUGUCAGGACCUCACUUGCCCCUAGGACCCAGGGAACAGAUAGCCCAGCACACUGUCAGCCUGUGAGUGAAAGUGGGCACUCUUUUUCCUGGUUUUUGAAGAACCCAUACUAGUUACACUUGGCUGUCUCCUCCUUAGAGUCCUGUUCUUGCUCAUGCCUUGUGGCUAUUUAGUCCUCAGAGUGUCCUAUACCCUGUGUUUGCAUGUAAAGAGUGGCUUCCUGGCUGUUGCGUGUAUGCAGACCCAGGGAAUGCAUCUCUGAGGGCACUUAACUACAGGGGACCACGUGGGGCUGAGGCGUGGCUUGAAUUAGAACACCCAGCUGGCUUAUGGGAGAGUCCUCUGUUGCUUCCUCCCCUGGAGAGCAACACUACCUCCUGGGCUUUUACCAAGCGCCAUCCUAACCUCCAAAAUCAGGGUGUAGCUGAGCUGGUAGUGGGUGGUCACCAUGACUGCCCUGUGCUCCAAUAGCUGAGCUCUUCCCAGGUCACCUUUAUCCUUACUGCCCCCUUUUCCUUGAUUUUUUUUUUCCCCUUAGAGAACCAUGCAUAUUCUUUUUUUACCCUGACUUAGAUCACUUUCAGUUUUUUCCAGUCAUCCUUAGAGCCGUCACCCAGUGUGCAGGUGCCUUACACUGUAGGACAGGAUGUGUGUGUGUGUGUGUGUGUGUGUGUGUGUGUGUGUGUGUGUGUGUAAAACAGUAAAUGGGGAAUCUAGCUAAGAAGAGAAAGAAGUGCCCCAUUAGUAGCUCCAGACGUCAUGUGUCCUAAGAAUGGCAAGGAUGAACAGAAAGUUGAAGACUGUCCUCUGGCUUCUCCUACCUAGGUGUAGUGGACUGUACCCCACAGCCCACUAGCCCUGUCUUUUCUUGGUGUCACAGAUGAAGCUGAACUUGAGUGGGUCAUUUCACCUGUUUUUCUGCACUCUGGCUGGGCAGUGGGCAUCCCCAUGUAGCUGAGUCUCCGCACUCCAGGGAGUGGCAUCAUGACUCAGCUAUCAUUUUAAGCUCUGACCUGGUAGAUGCAGUAAAAACCACUUUGAGAAAGAUGGCUUGUGUCAGACUGGUAGAAACUUCACCUGCUGCAGCCCUCUUUGGGCCACCCUAGUGUUUAUGAUCCAUGUUUGAAGUAACCUUGCAGAUAGUCAAGUGUGGCACAGACUCCCAGUGCCAGCAAAGGGGGCCAUAGGUGAUUGUGUGCUUUCAAGUAAUAUCUGUUUUCUGAAAGUAAAAGGCGAAAGAUUUAUACGAUCUGAAGAGAAACCAGAGUAUUGUUUUCUGAAAGUAAAAGAAAGGCAAUCAUUCAGAGACCACUGUGAGCAUUUUGAUGUAGAUCCUGCUCUUCCUUCCCCAACUUUUUGUUGUCCCAGUACUGGGAGUUGAAUCAGGGCACUCAGAAGUGCUAAGCAAGUGCUCUACCACUGAGCUACAUCCUUAGCCCUUGUUUGCUUUUUAAACCAAACUGGGAACAUACGACAUACAUCAUUUUGCAUCCAGCCUUUUCACUUGACUUUUUUUUCCUUAAACAUUUCUCCAUACCAUGAGCAGUUCUUCAAAAGCAUGUUUUCAAUAAUUGUGGACUCAAAUGGUUGUAAAUUUAUAAGUUAUCCAACUGUUUCCCUGUUGUAAAACAUUCAGAUGCUUUUGGUUUGUUUGUUUGUUUGUUUGUUGCUAUUUAAAUAAUGCUGUGGUGAAUAUACUUUUAAGUCUUUGAUUUUUACUCUGAUUUUUUUUCUCUCCCUCAUAUGCCUGCAAGUGGUAUUUUUGGGUCAAAGAAUUUGUUCAUUUCACAGCUGUUCCUCCUGCUUGGUCUGAUGUUUAGAUGCUCUGAGUAACAACCCCUUCUUCCUCAUAUCCUACAGAUUUUGAACACAUCAGUUCCUGCUAAGCUGUGUAUUCCCAAGAAAGUUUGACUAUGACUGCUCUUUUUUUUUUUUUUUAUAAAGAAAAAAAAUGCUAAAAUGUCAUUACUGCAGAUCCAUUUGUGACAGAUUUUUCCAAAAGCCAGUUUGCAAGAAUCUGGUCAUGCAUGUUACUUCUCUUCCAUCCUUGCUGCUAUGGCUUCCAAGUGCUUGGUGAUGUUUUCAGAAUCUUGUACUUUGUGUCCACAAUGGUACUGAAUCUGCUUCUGCACAGUCAGCAGAGAUAAAGUGUUGAACUGACCUUGCCACAUACUUAAUGGGUAAUUCAUAAUUAAGUUUAUAGACUCAGAAAGUGCAUUUGGGCCAUUUUGGGAUCAGUAGCAAAGCAGAGUAGCAAAGCUCUAAUUGAAAAAGAAACCAUGUAGAUGAUUGGGUUUUAUAAAAGUACAGUUGUGAUUGUCCUUGCUCCAUCCCUCCUGAAGUUAGCGGUUCAGGAUGGCACAGUGGCCAGACCUUUUCAUUGCAGAGGAUGGGUAUCCCAGCUGUGCUCACGUAAACCUUCCUGUGUGCUGCAGGUAAUUAAGGUCUUUGCAUAUAGCCCACUCACCCAAAUUGGAUUGUAUCUUUAACUUUGUUGGGUGAGGCCUGUUGGUUCCACUUGGAAACAUGCAGCAGAGAUUUUCUGGGCACCAUACUCAGUGUUACUCUACUCUAUCAGAGCCUAGGGCUUGAGAUGUGCAGAAAUCAGCUCCCUGCUUUCUGAUGCCUCAAGGCUUCUCCCUAUUGCUCCAUAGACCCAGAAUGCUCAUAGCUGAGACUUGGGAGACUGUAGCAACUGAGUGUGGUGAAGAUACCAUGUUCCAAGAGAUGCUGCCGUACACCUUUUCCAUCUUGUUUUAUUGCAAAGACCCAAUGUAAACUGACUCCAGUGGGUGUAGCACCUCUUAGGUAGAAUGUAGGACAAAGGCCCUGGCAGAUUAGACGGGGCUGGGACCACUCUUUGAACCCUGAAGAUAACUGGCUUCUGGCCUAAUAUAAUACUUAAAGGUUAGAAUCACAAUGUUUGUGGGGAAGUGGCCUAGGAAGGAAGCUGUUUAUGUCAAAGCACCUUUGCAGUGAUGAGCAAAUGAAUUGACCAAUGUGAAUACCUGAAAAUUCCCUGUAAUUCUCUACUUCUGUAUGAAGAAUUCAAACUGUACAGAAGAUUUUUUUUACAAAAGGCAAAUUUUCCCUUCCUCAUGUAGUCCACCCUAGUUUAAUCUUCUGGGUUAACGACUACAAGUGAGUCCUUGUGCAGGUGAUAAGCCUCCAUUAUGACCAUAGUUUGAUUGGACAUUGGCAAAUUCACCUGUUAAUGGUAUUUAGAGCUGCUGCAGCUGUUCCAUAGUCACAUACAGUAGGAUGAAUCAGUCUAUUGCUGUCGUUCAGGUUGGUGGCAGUCAGUUAGAACAUGUGUAAUAUUCUCUACCUGGUCUGUAGCUGUAACUGUGAUGUACAGGCAAAGCAAAAAUUAAAAAUACUUAUGAAAACAGAUAAUGCAAUGAUACUAGGAUAUACACUUUUGUAUUUUUAUUCUUAUAUAAGGUUAUUUGCUGGCUAUUGUCGGCCUCUAGUUCAGUCUGUUAUUUAAAUUCUAAUAUAUGAAUUAUUUGGAUUGAAUUCAUGUUUGGGGCCACGUUGUUGUAUGUAUUGAUGUACAGCCUUGAAUGUGAAUAAUUAUUGUAAACUAUAUUUUACAACUUUUUUCCUGGCUUUAUUAUAUAAAUUUUCUAUUUGGUCAUGGUUUAAUCAUAUAAUUUAAUGAAACAAUUUUUUCUCUUUUUUUCAAAUAUCUGUGCUUUAGAUGUAAUUACCAGAUGAUGGAUUUCCCUCGUAUGCUCGGUAGUCUUGUAAUAAAAGCAUGUAGAGUGUAUA